CUCUCGGUUACCAUUCGAAGAGGAAAAUCAUUUUUUUGCGGUUUUCCUCCUUUAAUCCCAUUCUGAACGGCAAGGAAAAGCUGUCUUUCACGACGAAAUCCUUAAUGUUUGGUUUCUUGAAAACUCUCAGCCGUAAUCCAUCAUUCUUUCGAGAUUUAUUUUUAUAACUCCGCUGAGGAAAACAACAAUAUGGCUUCCGUUAGUAAUCACGGAAACUCCAUAGUCAUUGAAGACGACAGCCAAUUUCAGGAACAACUCAAUCAAGCUGGGAACAGACUGGUCGUGGUAGAUUUUAAUGCAUCUUGGUAAGAUUAUGGAUCGCUGUUUUACUACAUCAGUUGUCACAAUAGACUCAAAUUACUUUAUUUAAAUACGUAAAGUUGUAGUUUGUACUUGUCUGAUUCCUGGAUCGAAGGUUCUGUCUUGCACAGGAAGUUUUUUUUUCAUGGAAGAUUCUCGAUCGUCUUUCACCUAUGCGUGAUUAAAAUUUUUAGCGCAUUGUUUUGUUUUGCUUCAGUUUUUUUGUAAUCAGUUUUCUGGUUUUCCGCUGUAACACUGAAAUAUGAAACAGACGAGCUAGUGGCUACGCACGAGUAACCUAAAUUGAUUUGUUUAGGAGAACUGAAUCACUAAUGAUUAGAAUUAUAGUGAUCGUGUUUGAAAUUACACCUUAGAAAAAGAAAUUUGUCAUCUUUACUGAAAUUGUUUCUCUUUAAGUGUGUUUAAAAACUUGAGAUUUGAGUUUCUGAGACCCACCAGAUCAUUCACGGUUCAAGUUGUUAUCUAUAAAUUUCUAAGUUACUUUGGGUUGAAAACCACAAGUACAUGGCUCUCGAUACAAGGCGGGACCAGGUGAUCGAUCACUGCCAAUAGCCGCCCAUGUCUUGUUAUUUGUGCUUUUGAAACUGUUCAUUUCUUUUCAUUAUUUUAAGCCUUUACUUUUGUUUGGGAGACGCCUUCCUCAGAUCAUAAUGAGAAAACUAGUGACAAAAAAUCCUAAUGUAUGAUAUGAUCUCUUUUUGAAAUUAAUACUUAUAAAUUGUAAACAAUGUAUGGAUAUGCUUUGAUAUCUGUAGACAUGCUCUGAGCAAAUAAACCUGAAGGCAAACUUCCCUAUCAAAUUUUAUCUGUUCAUAUUCAAGAGAUUCAGAAUAUCAUAAAUGAAGCAGCAGAUGGUUAGACUUGAACUAUUGUUGAGUGUCUAUUGGCUGUUUGUGCAAUUAUUUGAAAAUAUGUGUAUGUGUUUUCUUUUAUUGAAGCCUUCUUUUCCAUUUUUUUUGCUUGAUCUUUUCAAGGAACUGAAGAAAAGUAACAAAGAUGAAAGAUGAAUUUUUCAGUUUCCAUCUUUAUCUAAGGAUGUUCCUGAUUCAUUAAAUCUUGUUAUAUUUAUUAGAUCUUAGACUCUGGCAAGUUCUGUGAUGAUUAAUUUUGUGAUCUGUUCUGAUUUGUUCAUGUAGGUGUGGCCCAUGCCGUAUGAUGGCCCCUGUGUUUUCAAAGUUGAGUGUGAAAUAUUCAGCAGCUGUUUUUCUGACUGUUGAUGUUGAGAAGUGUCAGGUGAGCAAUAAAUGGAGUGUCAUUCACUGUCUGAUAAUUUUUUUGCAGCAUGCAAAGAGAAACAGAUAAUGAAGAAGGUUUGUCUAUACAACCUCUGUACAGGCUUGCUACACACAUGCAGAAACCUUGUAUAUGGUGUACCUCUGCUGUGGAUCAAUCGACAGAGGAUCAGACAGUAAAGUUAGAAUGUGUGUAGUUCAGAUAUGCACAGGAGACUGAGACCAUUUCACCCAUUUUUCUUCAGGCAAAAUACAGAUUCCAUUUGUGCCCCUUGAGUGAUAUGCUUUGAACUGUAAAUGCCAACUUAAACCUUUUUACACCCAAGACCUUAUAGUUAAUUCUCCCCUCUAGCUGCUACAUAUUUCCUCAUAAAUUAGUUACAAGAAUUUGUUGUUAGAUCAAGAUAACAACCACCUGAUAAGUUUGAGUAUUCUCAUUACCUGUUUGCUGAAUAAUCUAUGGAUAUGAUAGGGAGAAGUUACCUGUUAACCCUUUAACUACCCUGAGUGACCAAAACAGAAUUUCUCCUUACAAUGUCACUACAAAAUCAAGAAGACAAGUGAUGAGAACCAAGAAAAGUAUCAAUUAGGGGAUUAUAAGUUGAUCCAAUACCAAAUUCUCAGAAGUAACUUCAGAAUAAUUGUAUAGGAGACAGUAAGGAGAAUUACUAAUGAGAUCUUGGGAGUUAAAGGUUUAGUCAUGUCUAGGAGUUAAACGGAUCAAGCAAAUGUCUUCUCCCUUGAGUUAAGAGGUACUGUAAGUAGUUAUUACCUUUUUAUUGGUGUUAAUUGUCUUUUUGUUUAUUUUAUUCUUUCUCUAGAGGACUGUUGUACAGCAGGGAAUCAGUGCCAUGCCAACAUUCUUCUUCUUCAAGAACAGAAAGAAAGUGGAUGAAAUGCAGGGAGCGAACCCCAAAGGCCUGGAAGACAAAAUCAAUCAGUGGAUUGGAGGCGCUGUGGAGACAAUGGUAAUUAUGUCUUUAUUAAUUGUUUAUUGCCAAUUUUAUUUGAAAGUCAGCAGGUAAGACACUAGUUUGUUUCUCAGCUGAUACACAGGGCUGGGACAAGUCCAGGAGUGAGACAGGAGGGGGGUGGAGUAACCUUCUUUUGAACACAACAGGCUUGAACAAUUUGAAGGGAACAAGGGGUAGUAGUCUUGUAUACUGUGCUUUCCAUCUUUCCUCAACUUUGAUGCCAGCUGCUUACUCUUAAAUUGAAAAACACUGCAAAUUAAUUCUGAAGCAUUCUUGCAAUUGUACAUUUAUUUUUCCCUUUCUGCACUCUCCUCACCAGUCACCUUAACCUAACCUGCCCCCUUCCCCCCACCUUUUCUACUGGGCUCUUGUUCCCUGUCCUCUCCUCUGUCCUCUAACUGGUUUUUACAGGUUUUUACAUCAGAGACUGAGCUUCAGAAGAUUUGUUGCAAUCUGAAGUAAAACCUUCUUCUGAUAGAUUUGCAGGAACACAUUUGGAGAUCGCAAGGAUCCCACCUUAUACUAUUACCCCUAAACUUUUGGACUAGAAAAACUUGAUGAAUUCUGGAGAAGGGUAGUCACCCCCACCUAGAAGCUGUGAUACCAACUUUCACAUCAUGCUGUAGAGACUGGAAUGAGCUACAGCACUGUAGCCUGCUUUGAAUUUGUGUAAUAUCUGUCAGUGGUCUUCAUCCUUUUUUUGCUUGUACUUUAUGUUAUUAAUGUGACUUUCCAUGUUUUAUUUCAGUCUGUGGAUCCUAAGAGAGUUGCAACAGGUCGUAGCUGGGACUGUUUUGAACAGCUCCUGGACAACCCGCAGGAAGUCUUCAUGGAUGUGUCACAGCUUCUGCUUAGGUUUGCAUCCAACAUCAUCAACAAUCCUGAUAAUCCAAAGUACCGAACCAUUAAAGUCAGCAACAAGAUUUUCCAGUCACGGCUUCUUCCAGUAAAUGGAGCUGUGGAAUGCCUCUUCACCAUGGGAUUCAAAGAGGUAGUACUGAUCAAAACACUUGAGUUUUAUCAGGGCUGUUGAUAUGUUUAAAGUAGGUGGCCAUGUUAUUGUGAGGCCAUGUUGUUUCAUAAGGUUAUACUCACUAGUUUCAAAGGCUAUAAUAAGUUUGGAGGGAGACCACAAAACCCAAAAUCCCUGUCAUUUGGAAACUACUCAGUUAAAAUUUUCUAGGCAUUCCAUAAAGUUUGGACCUACCUUUGAACAAAUUCUAAAUAUUGAAUUUAAAAAAAAGAGGUUACAGGUGAAUUAUGCAUUCAGUUCCACUAAAAACUGGAAAUUGGUUGUUGUGCAGAUUUUGUGUAUGGUAUUUUGAUAAUUGUAUGAUUAUUUUUAAUAGCAAUUAUGGUAAGAUUAGGUAAAAAUAACUUGCUUAAGAUGGCAAUUAACAAUUUGUGUCUAAUUUUGCAGAGAGGUGAUCAACUAGUGUGCCCACAAGGUGAAUCCUUAGAAAAGAUGUUGAUUCUUCAGGAUGCGUUGAAUGACGAGAGAAGUCGUCAUAGCACUGCACAGGAACUUGAACCUACUCCAACUCCAGCACCAGUCAACCAACCUCAAAGCAAUGGUCCUUCCUGUGCACAACCAACUAUUGUUUCCAGUCCAGCUGCUAAUCCAUCGGUAAUGAUUUUGUCUUCUCUUCAAAUAACCCCUUGUUAAAAAUAAGAAGAGGAAGGAGGCACGAUGCCCCAGUUGUCCUUAAGAUCAGGGGCACAGAACCAAUCCCUGAAUGAUCAUUUUGUUGGUGUUCCUUGAUAAGAUGCUCAAUUAUUGCAGUGCCUCUGUUACCCUAGGAUUAUAAACAAGUAGCGUUGUCAAAUGAAUUAUCAAAGAAACCUGAAUUCCAUCCAGGAGAAUCAGAAGUAGUCCAGAGUGCUCCAUAAUUAAAAGAAUGUGAUUCUAAGCAGUGGUAGAUUCAGAUGGUGGGUAGAGGUCGUUCAGAGUACACCAACCCCCCACUCCUGUCAUAUCUUUGGGUUUUUACACUACUUGUCUGACACCAAAAUUCUUGCAAUAGAAAGAAGGCUUCUUACUUCUCUAUAGGCUGAUUUUAUAGUGAAAUUGAGACUAAAAAGGGGGACUAGGAGGGGAGUGUUGGUUGAGAAGUAGUCUAGGACCCCUCCUGAUUUCACUCUGUUUGAAUAAAAAUGUUUUUGGAUGGAGAUAUUUUUAUUUCUUUAAGAGGGUUUAACAUCAGCACGGUGUCCAAGGGUUCUUUACUUUCAAGAACAAUCCUAAUGAAAAACUCUCUUCAUUUUUUGUUAUUAUAGGACAAGGAAAGGGACUUUCUUUUGAGACUUCAUAGCUCGUUACAACAUGUGCUUCUUUACGAAGAUAAAGAUUUGCAACGAAGAGCGCGGGAAAUGAUUCCCCUGGCUGAGUUAGAGAGGAGAGCUAAAGAGGCCAGCGAGAGAACUAAGCAGGGAGGGGAUGGUGGGGUAGAUGAAAGAGAUUGCCUUGUGUUAGAACUUCUCAAUUGGUUUAAAGGUAAAUGUACAAAAAUAACAAAUUAUCAGCGGUCUAGCGUGGUCUGUACUCUUAUCGACAACUGUAUUCGUGAUCACAGUGGUCAAAAUGAUUUGGAAUUACGAGGUACAAUCACAAUCUUAACAUCAAAUGAAACGAUUCUAUCAGUACGUGACCAUUGCGUGACACGUUGACGCGAGAGGCGUUGUUUGUACUCUUAUUGACAACGCAAAAUUGGCCGGUCAGAUUGCGACUAAUUGGCCAAUCAGAUUACAAUCAAUUGUGGUAGAAUAUGAAUUUGCUUCAUGUUCUAUGUAUCCGAGGUGGCAUAGAUCAGCUACAAUGUAAAUUGACAGCGUUUUCUUUCUUAUGUUCCAGGUACUUUUUUCAAGUGGGUGGACAAACCUUCCUGCCCGUCAUGUGGUUCUCUGACGUUCGCUAUUGGUGUGGUUCCCCCGACACCUGAGGAAAUGGCCUGGGGGGCUGGGAACGUGGAGAGUUAUAAAUGUGUUUACUGUGGAAAGGUUGCAAGAUUCCCAAGAUACAAUCACCCUGCAAAACUUUUAGGUGAGAAUGUGCGACAACAUCUUUUCAGUCAACAAUUCAUUUUUAUUGAACAAAUAGAUUCCCUGUUGCCGUAUAUCUGUACAGCAAUAGAUCACAGAUGGCGUCAAAAUGCGGUAGAAAAAAAAAUGGCUUGCAAGGCGCAGCCGAGUGUGUCACUGAAAUUCUUGUCAUUGACUUUAUGUUUUUAUUCAUUCAUUUGUAGAAACACGCAGAGGCCGAUGCGGUGAAUGGGCCAAUUGUUUCACAUUAUGCUGUCGAGCUGUAGGAUUUGAGGCGCGACACAUUUUGGAUUGGACAGAUCACGUAUGGACAGAAGUGUAUUCUGAAGCUCAGCAGAGAUGGUUGCAUUGUGACUCCUGUGAAAACGCCUGCGAUAAACCGCUGCUUUAUGAGGCUGGCUGGGGAAAGAGACUCAGUUAUAUCAUAGCGUUCUCUCAUGAGCAGGUUAGUAUGAUAGCUGCAGUUGUAGAUCAUUCAACAAUAGGAAUACUCGACAUUUAUUUUUCAUGCUGUGCGUGUUUAAUUUGGAUAUAGGUUUUGGAUGUGACAUGGCGAUACUCUGCCAAGCAUGAGGAGGUGAAAAAGGCGAGAAAUUUAGUGUCAGAAGCCUGGUUAGUGGAGACGUUGAACAGAAUGACUGAAGAGGUGAGAUUCAGCGUGGGUAAACAUGCGACAGUGAAAGGAAGGAAAACGAGAGAAAAUAAGUCAUUUGCGAAAAGCGCGGGGAAAGGAUCAGCGGCGAGAAACAGAGGAACGAAUAGCUGGUCAAAAGCGCAGGAAAAUGAAGAACUGAUGGUGAUUGGUGAACUAAAAGCCUGUCGAAAACGCCAGAGAUUGUGGGUAACGAAUAACGGGCGAGAAAGGCGGGAAAACGAGUGACGGGUGAAAAAGGCGGGAAAACGAAUAACUGGCGUCGAAGACAGGAAAGCGAGUAACUGGCGAAAAAGGCGGGAAAAUGCAUAAAAGGAGAGAAAAGUCGGAAUACGAAUAACUGGCGUAAAAGGCAGGAAAACAUACAAUAUCCGAGUCAAUGGUUGGAAUUAACUCGUUAAAAGAACUGUUGAAAAUAAAUGACAAAAGGCGCUCAUUCGCUAGUUUCUGGGAUUAAUAAGUAACUUUAAAAGCAGGAAAAACAGCUGACCGUGACAGUCAAAUUAGUGUACAUAAUUUGGCUUUUGGAAAAGACGAGGGGAUGUACUGUAAGCGUCAAUUUUAGAGCAGGCGCGGACAUCUGCAUCAGCAGAAAUUUAUGGGUUAUCCUUCACCACCUCCUUGCCACCUUCACCAGCUUACUAAAAUAUAUCGUUAAUUUUUAGCAUCAAAGAAACCUUAGUGAAGCUAGGCGAAAAGUUUUGGCGGAGCGUCAGGUGAAGGAAUUGGUUGAGUUCUUUACCAUAAAGUCUGUGCGUCAUGAUGAACUGCAGGGUCGAGUGUCAGGUUCUUUGGCCUGGAGGCUGCUUCGAGGCGAAACAAAACAACAAGCAGAUGAAGAGAAGGUGAAUCAUAAACUGCCUGUUUUCUGCCCUUUUCUGUUAAUGCAAAAUUACACCCACCUCGAGAAGGAGACUGUAAAACGUAAGUCUGUUAGGAUAGAAAAUUACAGCUGAGGCAGGAAUAGACAAAGAAGGAAGAAUGACGAAAAAUAACUCGGAUUACAAAUGAUGAUUGAAAAAAAUUCGCAAACGGAAAUGUAGCUUCAUCCACAGCCUUAUUUCCAGCUCCCCUGUCUUUCCUUCCCCAAGUUAUCAUGUAUGUGUAUUUUGAAUAAGUUCUUCUGCUCAGUUGCUUGAAAGAUGUUUCCUGUCUUUUCUUCUUCCCUUUUAGCACGAGCCUUAUAUUUAUAAACCUACUGACGAGGAAAUCAAGGAAAAAAGGUAGGAACAGAAAUAUCAACGUAAUCGAAACGAGUCGUUUGGUGACAAAGUCCAACGGCUUUAUCGCACGAGCCCGGGUUGAAUUACCGCAAAGAGUGCUGACAAUGUUCAAUCGUGAAACGAGCCUGAGUUGGCCAACUGGACAAUAAUCUUCACUCCCCCACUGUCGACCGCCAAAUUACAAAUUUCUUUCUCUCCACAGCCUUCCGUUGCUAUUAAAAUCAAAGAUGGCGGUCAUAAUUUUCGUUAGGAAAUCACUGAGCACUCUCUCGCCAAAAUUACGCUUGCUCUGCAGGCCAGACUUACAAAGGGGUCUGGUUCUUUAACCCUUUGUCGCCUAAGAGUGAUUAGAAUCGAAUUUCUCUUUACAACAUCACCCAUUAAUAACACAAUAAGGUCGCGAGAAUGAAGGAAAUGAUUACCAACUAAAGAGGCUCUUGAUUGUUAAACAAAUUCUUCUCGUCGGCACCGUAGGAAAUGUAUAGAGAACAGUAUAGAGAAUAUGCAUACUGAUGCCAGGGUGUGGAGAGUAAAUUUAAACCCUGGUUGGUUUCAGUUUCGCUGUAUGGCUGAGGAGAAAGUGUGCGUCUUCAAGAUCAGCCAGGGAGUGUAUUGAAGCGAAGUAAUUGUAACCCGCUUUCUUAUCAACACUCAAUUGAAAAUUGACCCUACUCGCUUUUUUUCUCUCCUUGUAGACUACGCCUGUGCUUUAAUUGCGUGAUGAAUAAAUAUUUCCGAGGUUAUGAUAGAGAGUUAGAUCUUUCUGGUUGGCAGUCGAGAGUGGCUUCAUUCAGUUCUAUCACACGUAAAGUCGAGAGGGACUGGAAAAUGGUAAGAGUGUGCGUUAACAAAUCUUCGGUUAUUGAAAAACUACUUUAUUAACACAGUUUAUUGCGAACAUUUGACAUCUAAAAUCUAAGUUCUUUCACUACCCUUUCAGGUUUACCUGGCGCGAACAGAAACUGUUUCAACUGGCCAUAUAACCUGGCAAAUAGAUUUAAAUUCCUGUGAUCUUGUGAUCGACAGUGUUACAAUAAUAGCUAGGAGCGACACUUUUCAGACUGGACGGGUGGACUGGAAACUAAGUGGGGAUGAGGAGAGUCAAGUAGAAAUGCUAUCAGGAGGUGUGUGUUCUCCUUACGUUAUCUAUGAAUCUACUCAAUAGAUGAGUAAUGAGGUGGAUUAAGGAAAUCGUCACUGAAAGGAACUCUUCAUUUGCAAUUUAAUAUUUGUACUUUUGUGCGUUAUUUAUACAGUAAAUCGUGAAAUGUUCGACGCGCUCUCCAGUGGCGGGAAAAUCAAUAACUGCAGACGCGUCCUGCCAUGAGUGGGGGAUUUGCAACGUGUUCUGCAAUGGCGGAAAAAUUCAGGCGGAAAAAUUCAGGCGGAACGCUCCUUGCAAAGGCGGGAAAUUUAUGACGGUUUUCAUUUUCUUGCACUGAGUUACUUUUUGGAUAAAAAAAAAGAAAAAGAUGAAGAAAGACAAACUGCUAAAGCGCCAUAAGUUCGUGAAUUAUGGUUGUUUAAAAUCAACAGCAUGGUUUUUAUUCAACAUUCAUCAUCUACCUUUUAACAGGCCAGGAAUCCACCAUAACGUCCGUACUCAGUGGCUCCAAAACUCUCAAAUUGACGGCCACGGUCAGUGGCGGGAAAGGAGACGUUGCUUGGCAACACGCUCAGAUUUUCCGUCAGUCAUUCAGCAGUCAAAGUGAAUAUCCCUUGGAUAUCUUAGUCUCUAUGAAAGAACCUUCACGUAAUACUCAUCUUUAAGGCUUGUGACCCUAGAGUUUGUUGCUACAGUAAAAUCCUACUGAAAUAAGCUCGUCACACGAGCAAAUUGUUAACAACACAGUUGUCAAACUCGAACAUGCGAAAGGGCAUUAAUCCAGGCCGUCCGUGUGUCAAUUUCCCGCGCAAAAUUCUAAAGGAAAACCUAAGAAACAACCGUUGUCUUGCAGAAUAAGGAAAAGAAAAUUUAAACGUUCAUCGAUAUCUGUAAUUGGGAAAAAAAGUAAGGAAGGGGAAAACUCGUGACUUAUCGAACACAAAACCUUUUCAAAUACGGAUAUCCCGUUGAAUUUAGCUUUACCAAAAUUACUCUGUCAACUCUAAGAUAUCAGUUGGCUGAAGUAAAUCAGUUUUUUUUUUUAUAACGAACCCCGAUAUAACCAAGAAACUUCUUAAGACCAGCCAUUCGUAAAAGCAAUGUUUGAAUGUCAUAGAAUGCUUUCGUUUCUUGUCAAACCGAACGAGUUUUUUACAGUAGGGUUUUACUGUAGUUUACAUUUACUGUAGCUUAUAUUUAACAGAUAGCGGAAAACUUAGUUCAUUACAUUUUAUAGGAGUCAAAAUAUUUAGUUGUCUAGUCGAAUUUACUCGUUUUAAGAAUUCAUUCUCGACUUUUUCUUUGCAUUUUCUGUCUGCAUUUAUUCGUAACUUCUGUGGCAGUUUCCAGACUCAUUAAUAGUAAGUAGAUAUGAUGCAAGUACAGUAAGAUUUAAAUUCACCAGAGUGUAGAGCUUAAUGAAGAAAAGAAAUUAAAUUCUUAACAGGAGGAACUUGUGAUAUGCAUAUGGUAGGUUAAUUAAAAUGAAGUUUAGAAUAAAGUAUGUGAUUUAAAAAAAUUUGCGUGGGGCUUAUUUAUCUUCGGCCAUCCUCCUCGGUUUCUUUUGGUAAAGGUAAAUCGUUACCUUUUUCUUGUUUUAUGUCUUACCGCACUGUAAUUUUGUUGUCUUCUUCAAGCUGUUGUUUUGCACGACACAAAUUCGAAUUGGCCUCGUUAGCGGUACGUCUUUUAUCUCAUCGAGCUAAGGUUUUGUCGGCAAAGGCUUGGUAGGUGAUGAACUAAACACUGGUCCCCAGUCCUUGAGCUACCUGGUUUGGCUACCCAAAUGGACUAUACCCUCUGAAUCUUCGGUAUUUCGCUAGCCAUGGAAAAACGUCAAUAAAAUGAGGCGAUUAUUUUAAACUGUUUAAAAAGUUCUUCCUACAAAAAAUAGCUCGAAGUCAUGUAAACUCCCUCAGUAUUGGUCAUGAAGUAACGCGUGAUAUCGAUAAUAUUCACUGUUUUGUGCUUCAGUGUGUAGAUUGACGCAGAUAUCUGCCAUGCACAUCGGAGAUUUUUCACAGGUAGCCAUCUCACGUCUCUAGAUUUAGUGAUACAUGUAGUCCACAGCAGCAAGGUGAUCUAAAGCGAAACAAACAGACACGGCAUGUUGUAUGACCCGACACGUUGCUAUUGCACUAAAAAAGAGUGAACGUGUUUACAAGCGACUUUGGAGGUGAAGCUCGAAGCAGAAACAAUACGGUAUUGUUUCCUUACUCGGAACUGGUUAGAUCAAAUGACCACCACAAACCGUAUAAUAUCAAGCCAAGCUUUAUUAAUUAUUCGAUCUACAAGAAAAACAUUUAGAAUUCGCAAUCAGAACAAAGGAAAUCAAGUCGUAAUCUCGUAGCUAAAUUCAAAAACUUCAAUGUAAACUUACUUCUGUGGCGGGUCGUUAUAACAGUUUCACUUUACAGGUUAGCAGAUUCUCCAGGUAAGCCGAUUUAGAGACAGAAAAAAUGACAACAGAAUAACUUUUUCCUUACUUCGAUUCCGCUGAAAAACUGACUUGAAACAUUAUAAUCUAACACUUUUAAAUCAAUCUAUAGAAUUAAUGUCAAUCACGAUUAUUGUCAUUGAGUAAAUCUAUAAACAAGAGGCGACGCCUAUUUAAUAGACGUAACAGGUAAUAGCAUUGAAGACCAUUGAAGUGGACAAAAGUAUUAAGUGAAAUAAGGGGUACUGAAACUAAGUAGACAGCGGAAACGAUUUAUUGCCAUUUCCCGCGCUGACUCGAAGUUGACAUUUGACUUUAAACUAAAAAAUAUUGUAUGUAAAUAACGAGGCACGUGCAGUUUAAGUAUAAGUAUAUAGAUAGCAGUGCUUUCAAUAGAACUCAUUCGAAAUAGGAUUUUGUGAGGUUAGUCCAUUUUAGGGUAGUUCAUCUGAAUAGUUCUUGGACCGGAGGUCAGUGUUUACUCCAUCACCAGGCUUUGUAAGCCUUGGCUUUCAUCUUACCGGUUGAUGUUUAAUCGAAAUGUCACUGCAUUGGGAGAGGUAUAUGCUGCCAGGGGUAAAUGCUCAGCAUUAUUUCCCAGAUUUACUUUGAGAGUACAUCAAAAGUAGUAAAUUCACUUAUUUUACGACAGAAAACGUUAGUAAUAAUGACUUUAACUGCCUACCAAGCAUGCUUCGUUAAGUAAGCGAGUCCACGCCCACGAUUAUCUGGGCCAGCAGUUUUGUGAAAGUUUCUAAUGAUAUAAGUAUGUCAUGUAUGAAGACUUAUGUUGUACCGAAUACACAGGUGCAUUGUUGACGAAGAUGAUAAAGAAUUUAAUCUUUUGGCUGUUUAGAUGGUAAAGUGUGAAGUUUUUUAUGUCUUAUUUGGUGAAGUAAUUUUCAUAUUGUAAUGAUAAGCUUUUUGUUGUUCCAUUUCCAUUUCUUUGAAAUUCAAUUAGCUUUUUCCGUGGCAGUUUCUCAGCCUUUAAAUUUUGCUAUCUUUGGGUCUAGAGCGCAAAUAUACCGUAGUUCUACUUUGUUAUCGUAGCUGGAAAUGGAAAUGUUUUCUUUGUAUCCGUCAUACCUUGUGAUCUUUUUCUGAAUGUUACAGGUUUUCCUAUAUUUCGUGAUGAUUUAGCAUUCACAUUACGUAAACUUUUGAUAUACGUGCAAAUUAUUUCACUUUCGAAGAUUUUAGAUUCGGAUAAUUUGUCAUAAUUCCAAAUUUUCCUAAAAGAGGUCUACGUCAUGUUUGGUGUUUAUGUCAAAUGUAUUUCCACGUUAAAAUAAAGUAUGAUACAGAUUUUAACCGUCACUGCUUAACAAAAAAUUUUGUCACGGAUAAUUUUAAGUGUCUUCUAUAAAUUGCAAACAUUCGUCGAAUACAAGGUUAAUUUGAAAUAUCAAGGUAAGGUAAAGGUCAAGCUUGAGCCAUCCGAUUCAUCAUGAGUAGUAACUUCUAAUCAGACUUUGUUUUCUUUACACGAUCUGAUCGUAGGUAAAACAAGAUGGACGUUGUAACUUUAGACCGUCUUCAAGCAGAGGUAUGGUCCCUUAAAUAAUUUUUUGUUCUUGUUACUUCAAGAGUUAUAACUUUGUGUUAAAAUGGUUUAGUCGUGUUGUGGUAAAGUUUCCGCACAGCCCCAUACCACAUUAUGCAUUUAGUUCUUGGAUAGAGAAAACAAUGACAAAAACAAUACAUUGCCAUUGGGAAAACAGAUUUGUUUAACAAUAGUAUGGGGCUGUGCGGAAAUUUUACCAAACCAAAUUUAACCAGAAUUAAACCAGGGAAGUUCAAAAAUGGGACAAUUGUAUAGAGGAUAUAAAUGAAGACUGAAUUACUGGUUAUUACUUACAUACAGUCAAACCUGUAUCAAGAGGCAUGGUUUUAAGCAACACUCUGUAUUAAGCAAUCAGUUUUCAAAGUCCUGAAAAUUUUACCCAAUAAUUACAGCAAUUUUUACCUUUGUUGACCCUUUAAUACCUAAGAGUGACAAUGUUCAAAUUUCUCCUUCCAAUAUCACCCCUGAAAAAAGUUUUAAGGCACAGGAAUAAAGUUCUCCUUGUUAACACGUUAGGAAAUGUAUAGAGAGCAGUAUAGAGAAUAUGCAUACUGAUCUUAGGGUGUAAAGGGUGAAGCAGUCAUAGUCUACUAGGUCCCAAUGACCUGUUUCUAUUGCCCUUCACUAGUAUUCAAUAAUCUUUUUGAUAAAACUAAAUCAAUAUUUAUCUCCGGAAAUCGAUGUUGGUGGUAUUUUUUAGUGUUUUUUUGCAUAUUGAGUGUUCAAUUAUGGUAUAAAAUGAUUAUCAUUUCUUGGUAAUACCCUAUUCUGUGGAACUCAUAUGAAGCCAUUACCCAGCCAUUGCCAGUGGAUGAUUGCAUCAUACUCAAUUUCUGUAAAUGUUGCAUUUGUGAUACUCUGACAUAUGUACAUUAAAAAAAUUUUAUGUUCUUUAAAAACAGAAUGAAAGAUACUUUUUUGCAAGGCUUCAGAGCCAGGAUGAAGUGGUUCAACUCUAUGAACAACCUAGCUUACAGCAGCAAGCACUUGAUUUGAUGCCAGUAUCUGCAAUGAGAAAAGAGGCAAGAAAGGAAAGUGAACAAACGGGAAAGGAUGAGAGGGAUUGUUUAAUGAAUCAGGUCAACAAAUGGUUUUAUGGUAUGUACACAUAGCCUUUGGAAUAUUUUUAGUAUUCAUAUUCUCCACACUGUUUUUGAAACAUUUCUUAUGGUACUGACAAGGUGAAUUUGUUUGACAAUCAAGAGCUUCUUAAAUUCAGGUGAUCAUUCCCUUCAGUGACAUGACCCAAAGUUUAUAUCUGAUUCAAGUGCGAGGAGAUAUUAGAACUCAGUCACUAUGAAAGGUUAAAGGAAAUAUUCUUCAAGACUGAGUUGGUAAAUAGCUCAGGCACUCAAAAUGCCUCUAGAGUUUCUUGUAGUAUCUGAAGAGUUUUCCAAUCUGAUGCCUCAUGAGUGUCCAACGACAGGCAUUCUCUUUGUUUUUUAAAAAUCCAUAUUCAGGCUGUCUUUAGAUCAGAUAAUUUGCUUAGUCAACAGAUUCACAUCCAUCCCAAAGAUGCAAAAAUCCUCGCACAUGAUGUGACAGAACAUCACAAGAGGCUUUUUAGAGUUAGGGUUGUGUUUCUCUACUUUAAACAAGGAUGCCACUAAGUAAAGGAAACUGCUUCAUUGCUCUUAGAUAAAUUUUACUUAUACAUCAUGUUUGAAUUUAGGUUCAUUUUUUCGCUGGCUGGAUAAACCAAAGUGCUCAUGGUGUGGCACAGUAACAAAAAACAUAGGAAUACUUCCCCCCACAAUAGAAGAACAAAGGUGGUUAGUUGGACCUGUAGAGGGAUACAAAUGCCCUUACUGUGGGACAGAUGAAAGAUUCCCAAGAUACAAUCAUCCAGCAAAGUUGUUAGGUAUGUAAGUAUAAAAAUGUGUGGGUUAAAGAGUGAAUCGCACCUCUUAUGAAAAAUUGGGAUCAUACCACUUUGAAUCAUGCAUGUUAUCAAAUGUGAGAUUACACAUCUUUGUUUUUGCAUGGGACUUAACCAUCAAGCAUUAAUCCAUGAGUGAAAAAUUUUAAAAUGAUUAGAUUUUAUAUUUUAGUGGUGUUAUUCAUAUCCUACACACUGUUUUCUAAACAUUUCUUAUGGCAAGGCAGGUGAAAGAAAUUUUCAAACUGACGGAGUAAUCCUUUUAUGUGUUGUGUCAGUAUCUGAGAAACUGCAUCCCUACCCCUCCCCAAGCUCAACAUUAACCCUUUAACUCCCAGAAGUGAUUAACAUAAAACUUCUCCCUACAAUAUCCAAACAUUCUUCAGCAAACAGGUAAUGGGAAUAUUCAAACUUAUCAGGUAGAAGCUGCAAUCUUGAUCUAGCACCAAAUGCUCAUAGCUAAUUUACAAGGAAAUGUGUAGCAGCUACAGGGGAGAAUUAACAAUCAGAUCUUGGGAGUUAAAGGGUUAACCCUUCCUUGUUAUCAGGUGAUUGUUGUCAGAUUGGGUGAGGGGUAAGUGUGCAGUUGCUCAGAUACUGACAUUGAUCCUUAAAAAAUAUAUAGUUCCUUAACCCUUUACACCCUAACAUCAGUAAGCAAAUUCUCCAUACUGUUCUCUAUACAUUUCCUAAGGAGCUACCAAGAAGAAUUUGUUUAACAAUCGAGAGCUUAUUCAGUUGAUUAUCAUUUCCUUUAUUCUCCAGACCUUAAUGUUUGAUUCAGGAGUGACUUUGAAAGGAGAAAUUAGAUGCUAGUCACUCUCAGGGAUUAAAGUGUUAAUAGUGACAUGCUUCCAAGAUUUUUGGCCUAACUGGAUAAACAUGCAUGAACUCAGUACCAAUGCAGUGCUAAAGAAAUAUAAACUUGAAAAUUGGAUAAGUCAUGGACUAAGAAUUAUGCAUUUUGGAGAGGCCUGCAUGUUGUAAUAUACAAUUAACUUCCCUCAGAAACCCGUUGUGGCAGAUGUGGUGAACAUGCAAACUGUCAGGCCUUGCUGCUUCGCUCCAUGGGUUUUGAUGUUCGUCAUGUCACUGAUUGGACAGAUCAUGUAUGGGUGGAAGUUUAUUCUUAUAAGGAGCAGAAAUGGGUUACUUGUGAUAGAGAUUACUUUAGCCGUGAGAGGGAAGGAAAGAAGUUGAGUUAUAUCAUGGCAGUAUCUAAUGAAGAGGUAUGCCGGUAUAUGUUGCAUGUAUUGCAAUGAAAAGAAAUUAGUAAUGUUGCACUUUUUGUAAUAGUAACUUAAUCUUUUCUCUCCCCAGGUCUCUCUCCUCACUGUCUGUUACACAAUUCUUAUGAUGUUAGUUCAGAGAAUUAGCAUUGGACUAAGUUUUAACCCUCUAACUGAUAUUUUUCUUUGUUCUCAUCACUUGUCUGCUUGAUUUUGUAUCGGCAUUGUUAGGAGAAAUUCUGUCUUGAUCACCAAUGAGAGUUAAAGGGUGAAUUAAACUGAUGAACAGAAUGUUAAACUUAGAAUCAGCAGUUUUUACUGUUACAUGUUUUGAAUUUAAUUUUGCUGCAGGAGUGUCAUCAUUUUCAUUAUUUUAAGCUUUUAGUUUUCUUUUCUACAUAUUGUUGUUACUUUUCAGUGUACAAUAAAUUGCAAAUUCUGAUUCUUUUUCCCCCUUCAGACUGUGGAUGUGACAUGGAGAUAUUCAACCAAACAGAAUGAAGUCAUGCAGCGAAGAUUACAUGUCAGCGAGGAAUGGCUGGCAAGAGCAUUAGCAUUUCUAAAUUACCAGGUCAGUUGCUCCUUUCAACCAUCUUGCUGGGAAUAAUCACUACAAGGCUGUGACUAGCACAAAAUUUUCCAUGUUUUACCAAAUUUGGACCAUCAGGGCCUGUGCCUUGUCAGUCAACUCAGAGUGAAGCUUCAAUUAAACUAAGGGAAUUGUUCAUCAACUGUGCACUUAUUUCUUCCCUAAUCCAAUAUUAAAACUACUCGUUAUCACUUGACUAUGGUGGGGUUAGGGGAGGGGUUGGUGCCUAGUGCUCAGAAACAGACAUGGAUGUGCUUUUGACAGGUUAAAUGUGAACUGACCAAUCACAAUAAAGCUUAGCACGCACACACACUCACAAAAAAAUAUUUCUCAAUUUCAAAAAUGUUUCUGAUGUUCAUAGUUAUCUUACAAAAAGUAUAUCUGUUAACCUAAUAACUAGUUACUUUUCUGACUCAUGGAUAUUAAACAUGGCUAUAAUCACUGUUUCAAUAUUGUCUGUUUAUAAUUUUUAUAGAAGCAACAAAAACUCUCCCCUGCAAGGCGUGAAACACUCAGGGAACGUUCAGCUCUGGAAUUGGCUGAGUUCCUUUCAAACUAUCAGAAACAACUUGAACCCAAGGUAAAUUAAACUAUUCUUUCUGUGUGACAUAUCUCUUUAUCAAAGAUAGGCCGGGCUCCUUUCCACAAACACAAGUUUUUAUCUCACCAGAACAAUGUAUUCCCAGUUUGUAGCUGUUGCUUCUGCUUCACCCUUCAUGCCCCAACAUCAGUAUGCAUAUUCUCCAUACUGUUCUCUAUACAUUUCCCAAUGGGCUGACAAGGAGAUUUUGUUUUACUAUCAAGAGCUACUUUAGUUGCUGAUCAUUUCCUUAAUUCUCACAACAUGAGCUAAUGGAUAUGGUGCUAUAGAAACCCUUCAUUGUUGAUAUUGUUAUUAUUUUGCCUGUAAAUGGGAUUAUAACCUUUUUGGUCAGAGUGAGAUCCUUUGCUUUUUUGUCUUUGAUUUUUUUUAACUCUUAUGAACAGCUUUAGAGUUCUUUUUUAACUGUCUUUUGUUUUACUUUACGUUACAGUACACGCCUUAUACAUUUACACCCACUGAUGAAGAAAUCAACAGCAAAAGGUAAUUUUUAACCUUAUAUAAACAUGAUUUACAUUUUAAGGAAUUUUUCUUGAACUCUUUGAUCUGAUUAUUUAAACAAAGUUUGCCUUUUUUUUUAAAAAAAACUGCAUCCUAUUCAAUCCUUGAUUUAGCUGGACCUUUUAUCUGUACAUUUAUUUUUGUGAACAGUGUCAAGAAGGCUGAAAGCUUACAGUAGAAGGACAUUUAUUGAACCCUUUAACUCCCAUGAGUGACCAAGACAGAAUUUCUCCUUACAAUAUAUAUACAAUAUCAACCGGAUAAGUGAUGAGAAUAAAGAAAAAUAUCAAUUUGGGGAUAAUUAGUUGAUCCAAUACAAAAUUCUCUGAUUAACAUUAAAAGAAUUGUAUGGUUGACAGUAAGGAGAAUUACAAAUUUGAUCUGGGAGUCAAAGGGUUAAUUAAUUCAACCCUCCUAUGGAGAAAGCCUGAAGUUCACUGAUUGUGUAAAACUGUGGUUUGGGUCAGAACUCCUGUGAAUAACUGGCCCUUUGUAUUUAAUUUAGUUACCUCUGAAAAAAAGAUUUUGUAAUUCUUCCUGCUUCCUUCUGUGAAUUCUCUUCUACAUUAGUACAUACAUAGAAUUUGGUGUUUUAUCAAAAUAACACCCUUAAGCUAAUAACUUAGUAUUUCUUUGCAUUUUCUUUUUUCCCAAAAAUUUGUUUCUCUGCAUACAUGAACCAACUUUUACUCUCAAUUUUUCCCCUAAGUCCUCAAUUACUGAAAAAUUUAUCGACACAUUCAUAAGUGUCAGCUGGAUGAUGUACCCAUCAUCUUCUUUCCUGAUGUGAACAAUGUCACCUAGGAUUGUUUAUCUCCAGGCAUGCUUUGGUGAAACAGAACAUGAAACUGGCUGAGAAUCUAAAUUAUGAAUUUUCCUUUUUAAGGUUACAGGUGCAGUAUUGUUGUGCAAGUGACAAAUACCGCAGGGGACCCAAAAUGGAGACAUUCUUGCAAGGUUGGAAGUCUGGGGCAGCAGCUGUGAAGUCAGUCUUCAGGAAAUAUGAACAUGAUUGGACAACAGUGAGUUUAAUAUCAUAUUUGUUGCAUGAGAAAUGCAGGUGUCAUAGUCCACUUACAAGCAGAGUGACAGAAUCUAACUUGAAGAAUCUCCCCUUUUACUCAUUUUACUCCUAAUUAUCUUCCUGUCAAUCAUCACCCUUCCUUCUUCCCCUGUCUUCUUUGCGUUUCUUGUUUUAUUUUCUUUCCUCCCUUCCUCUUCCUCCUUCUCCUCAUGUUGUUACUUUAUACACUCCUCCUUCUUCCCCUAUUGCACUUCUGGCUACUUUACCACCUCUUCCUGUAUUUUUUUCUGCUCCAAAAGCUUUUCCUCUUUUUCUUCACCUCCUCCUCUUCCGCCUGCCCCUACUUCUCCUUGUUUUCAUCUCCAUCUAUACCCCCUCUGUACCCCUUCUGUACCCCCUUCUGUACCCCCUUCUGUACCCAUCUUUACCCCUUCUGUACCCCAUCUUUACCCCUUCUGUACCCCAUCUUUACCCCAUCUUUACCCAUUCUGUACCCCAUCUUUACCCCUUCUGUACCCCAUCUUUACCCCUUCUGUACCCCAUCUUUACCCCCUCUGUACCCCUUCUACUGUUUUUCUUGCUUUAUACUAUCCCUUUCCUCUUCCUCUAUCUUCUCUUUUCAGCAUUAUCAUUAUCUUAAAGCAAUUAUCAUAAAAAUCCAUGCAGGUACUCAACUAUCUUCGUUCUCGUGGAGUGAAAGAAGCUGAUCUAACAACGUUAAGGAAAGGAAAUGUAAGUAGACUAAUGUAAGUGAUUAGUAUCUUAUUUCUCGUUGCAAUGUUACCCCUGAAUCAAAUGUCUAAGAACCAAGAAUAAAGGAAGUGAUCACCAACUUAAGAAGCUCUUGUUUGUUAAACAAAGUCUCCUUGUUAGGAACAAGCUUUAGAACCUUUUCAGUCAGAUCCAUAUGACAAAACUUUGAUCAAGAUCUUACUCAACAUUUGUUAAUGUGGAUAUAAGACAUUGUACCUAAAAUCUCAUUUUUUUGAUAUUAUCGUAUGAUCUGUGAAAAAAUCUUUAUCAGGGUAAAAGAAUCUGUGAAAAGAAUCUUUUCCAGGGUUUAUCUUCAAAUAAGAUUUUCCAUGAUAUUUCCAUAGAGCUAGGUUGAACUUGGAAGUAGUUAAGGAUAGGAUUAGGAAGGAGCAGAUUAUAAUCGAUUGAAUGUAAUCAUUAGAAUGAAAUAAUUAUGUGAACUGAGACCUAUGACAGAUUUUAAUUUUAUCAAGUUUAUACUAUAUUGUAGGAAAAGAAUUUUAGUGAAUUAAAAUUUAUAUUAUUUGCUUAUUUAUUUCUCAUAAUUACCAAGCAAGUGCAUGAAGAGGUGAGGGAAAUAUUUUUGUAUUUUUUUUUUUACAGGCCUUCCUCUCUCGUCUUCCUUCUUCGCCAACUGGUUUGGUUUCAUGGGCAAUGGAUUUCUCUACCUCUGGUUUGGUGAUCGACACUAUCACCAUAAUAACUCAUUGUGAGACAAUGGAAAGUGGAAAGGUAGACUGGAAACUAGAGGGAGAUGAUGACGUCGUAGAGAAUCUGAGCUUCAGCAGUCAGCGUGGUAUGUGUUAUUUACUGUCAAACUCAGAAAACCAUGAGCACCUGAGAUACAUGUAUGGUUGGAAUGUUUAUUUUGUCUUAUAUGUCACGGCUGUUUCUUAAUAUAUUCUUGAGCUAUGUCAAAGCAGAAUUCUAUGAACUUACACCUUGUGGAAAUGUUAAUCAUUAAGUUUGUUGAAAUUAAUAAUUAUUUAUUGACUCACUGCUAAAUUAUUAAUGCAAAAUAUUCAAUUGGAGUUGUCUUUUGAGAACACCAAAUGUUCCCAUCAUUUCCUUGGAAAUGGUAUCUAAAAGUAUGCAAUAAUGAUUCAACAGGUUGUGAUCUUUUUUGACGUGGAAAGUUACCAUGCCAAUGAAAUAGCUUCUUAUGAACAUCCAUAAUUUUAGCGUAAGGUGUCCAUACCUCAAGAGUGAGUUUAGUUUCCCCCUGUAAAUUGCAAUCAGCUCAUCAAAUUUUACUGAUCUGAAAAGUCUAAUAAACGAUACCUUAGUUGCAGAACUCCCGAAAUUUUUUUUUAUGUUCUUGAUCUAAUUGAAAAAUAUUCAAAUGCCUUUUUAGCGACUUAGUAUGUUCCAUUAAGUUUGCUUUUGUUUGUUUAUUAUGAUUUCUAGAUCACAAAUCACACACGACUUCAUCCCUCAGAGGCUGCAAGACUCUCAAACUGACAGCUGCCCUCAGCGGAGGAAGAGGCAAGUUGGCUUGGAAACAUGCUCAGCUUUGCAGCCAGCCAAUUGACAGCGAGGGAGACUCUUCCUUAGAUAUUGCUGUUACACUAAAGGAGUCAACAGCUUAGGAUGUGUGUAACAAGUUUUAAAACGAGUAGUCUUAAGGCCACUGAGCCUCUGUAAUUUUUACCAUAAAUUAUACAGUACCAUCUAGGUGCGAUUUUGAAGGUAUGAAGCAUAAUUUUCAUGGCUAUACUGCCAUUUUACUACUUUCAGGGUCGGCCUUAGUAAGCUAGAGGAAAGAAAUAUUUAUUGUGGUUUUCACAUUUCAGCGGGGUAAAUAAGUUAAAUAGCUCUAAUUUAUAUGUAAUAGUAUAGUUUGAUCGUCCGGGUGAGUGUAGUCCUGAGAAGGACUGUUGUCGGUAAUGGUGACUGACGUUUCGACAACCUGAGCGGAGUCGUCGUCAGAGUCAAGUGAAAGGUUGUUGUCAGUUGAAUGUACUUAGUCCGGUUUGUGUAAACUGAUUGGUCAGUUUUGCCGUGAUAUUAUUGGCUGUAAGACCCAAGUGGCAUAGGUCAGUCGUGAUUGGUCGGUUUGGAUCCGUUAGUGAAGUUAGGUCGUUCUGUUCGGUUCGUUUGUAAUGUUAAUUACAUUACAACGUUAAUUACAUUACGUUAACCAAAACAAACCAUUUACAGCUAUAAUUUAAUAAGCUGAUUUAAAUAGAAAAAUUGUUGAUAUUGACAAAAUGAUGUUGUGGAUACAUUUGGGAUUGUUAGCAGGCUAACUUACAGAACGAACAAAUUUUUAUAAGCAGAUUUAUUUUUCGGGAUUUUAUCAGUCAUAUAGGUAUUGGCGGAUAUUCAUUCAAAUGUUUGUUAUGAAUUUUUUUCUCGGUCUGAGAAAGUGGAAUUGCUUUGUUUAUUGCACAAAGCGGCAUUUCUUAGAUAAGGUAAUAACUUAUUUGUAAAUGGAAAAGGAUGCGGUAUGUGAAUUCAAAAGUGAACGAAUUUUUAGGGAGUUAAAACGGAUUUAGUUAUCAACUGCAAAUUUUAAUGUUUUUUAAGGAGAUCAAUGAUUGUAGAAAUUUUCUAUAAAUAUUCUCCCGAAAUGUUUUAAUUCUUAUCAGCUUUGUGUUGUAAUAAGCAAGUACGAGG